CAAACACCCCUCGACCAUGGACAAUGAGGGCCAAGCCAGACGAACUGCUAGUAUAUAAACCCGACUACCAGCACCAGAACUUUACAUUCAGUCAAAACGUUCAGUGACUUCAACGCACUCAACAACCAAAAAAAACCUUAUUUAUUCGCCAUGGCAAUCCAAACCGUCGCCGUCUUCGCCUGCGUGCUCGCCGCCGCAUUCGCCGCCCCUCCAGCAUACCCGGCUCCGGCUGCUUACCCAGCACCAGCCGCCGCCUACCCAGCACCCGCCUACUCGGCACCCGCUUACUCGGCACCCAAGUCUUACGCCCCAGAACCAGCCUACGCCCCAGCCCCAUACAACUUCGAAUACAGCGUCCACGAUGACGCCACAUACGACAUCAAGAGCCAAUCCGAAUACAGCGACGGUAACGGAUACGUCAAAGGAUCCUACAGCCUGGUCGAACCCGAUGGUACCAAGAGAAUCGUCGAAUACACCGCUGACGACUACAACGGUUUCGUCGCCGAAGUGAAGAAAGAAGGCACACCGUCUUACAGCUCCGCCCCGGCCUACAAGCCCGCUUACAAGGCCCCAGCCUACCCAGCUGCCCCAGCCUACCCAUCGGCCCCGGCUUACCCAUCAGCCGCCCCAGCCUACAAGCCAGCUUACUCCGCACCGGCUUACUCCGCCCCGGCUUACUCCGCACCGGCUUACACCACACCAGCUUACCCAGCUGCCCCAGCCUACCCAGCUGCCCCAGCCUACCCCGCUGCCCCAGCUUACGGAUACUCCACCCCCGCCCCAGCCUACAAAUCGUACGCUGCCCCAGCAUACAAACAAUACUACGGACGAUCGUCUAUGGACUUUACACUCAGUCAACGUUCUAUCAACACACUCAACAACCAAAAAAAAAUUUAUUUAUUCAACAACAUGGCAUUCCAAACCGUCGCCGUCUUCGCCUGCGUGCUCGCCGCCGCAUUCGCCGCCCCUCCAGCAUACCCGGCUCCGGCUGCUUACCCAGCACCCGCCGCCGCCUACCCAGCACCCGCCUACUCGGCACCCAAGUCUUACGUCCCAGAACCAGCCUACGCCCCAGCCCCAUACAACUUCGAAUACAGCGUCCACGAUGACGCCACAUACGACAUCAAGAGCCAAUCCGAAUACAGCGACGGUAACGGAUACGUCAAAGGAUCCUACAGCCUGGUCGAACCCGAUGGCACCAAGAGAAUCGUCGAAUACACCGCUGACGACUACAACGGUUUCGUCGCCGAAGUGAAGAAAGAAGGCACACCGUCUUACAGCUCCGCCCCGGCCUACAAGCCCGCUUACAAGGCCCCAGCCUACCCAGCUGCCCCAGCCUACCCAUCGGCCCCGGCUUACCCAUCAGCCGCCCCAGCCUACAAGCCAGCUUACUCCGCACCGGCUUACUCCGCCCCGGCUUACUCCGCACCGGCUUACACCACACCAGCUUACCCAGCUGCCCCAGCCUACCCAGCUGCCCCAGCCUACCCCGCUGCCCCAGCUUACGGAUACUCCACCCCCGCCCCAGCCUACAAAUCGUACGCUGCCCCAGCAUACAAACAAUACUAAUUUAUUAUGAAUAUUAGAAAUAAAUAAUUUAUUGUAUUUUUGUGUAAAUAAAAUUUCAAAUUGUCAAACACCAAAA